CCCCCGAUCCUGCCACCGCCAUGGCGCUCAUCGAGGGCGUCGGCGAUGAGGUGACGGUGCUGUUCGCGCUGCUGCUGGCGGCCGCCGUGCUGGGGCUCGCCUGGGCCUCGACGCGCGCCCCCGAGCCCGCGGCGCCGCCGACUGAGGCUGCCCCGAGCACGGCCCCCGCCGAGCGCAAGGCCCCGACCCCGGCCCCGGCCCCGGCGCCGGCCGAGGGAGCGGCGGCCUCCGAUGAGGCGGCAGGGCCGCGGCACCGGAAUCCUCCCGCGGCCACCCCCGAGGGCCCCGCCGAGCCCACGCUGGUGCUACGGCUCAAGUUCCUGAACGACACGGAGCGCCUGGCGCGGGUGCGCCCCGGGGACACCGUCGGUGCUCUCAAGAGGACCUACUUCCCCGGGCAGGAGCAGCAGGUGCGGUUGAUCUACCAGGGGCAGCUGCUGCGUGAUGAUGCCCAGAGCCUGGCAGGGCUGCACCUGGGCCACCUGAGCGUCCUCCACUGCCACCUGUCCCCGCCCAACACGGCCCCCACGGCCCCCGGCACCCCCGGUCCCCGCAGCCCCGCACCCGCCGCGCUGGGCGUGGGCAGCCUGGCACUCCCGCUCUUCGUGCUGCUGCUGGCCCUGCUCUGGUACCUGCAGCUGCAGCACCGUCACGUCUUCACCGCCACCGCCACCACCUGCUUGGCUGGCCUCACCCUGCUCGUCACCUUCGUGGCCUUCGCCAUGUACCGCAGAUAGCGCGGCCCGGAGCGGCACCUGGGACACGGGGGACCGAGAGCCACGCCUGGGACACUUAGAGCCUCCCAAGCCACCUGGGACACGGAGGGCGCUGCUUUCAGCCCACUCAGCAUAUCGGGGGCACAUGGGGCCUGCCCUCUGCACGGGAGGCUGGGCCCUGGUCUGUGCCCCCCAGGAGUCCCGGGCAGGCGCCCGCCCACGCCCUGCCUGCACACAGGAGCUGUUGCAGGAGUGGGGGCUCAGCUACCUCGGGGGGGUGCUGGUGCCCCCCGUCCCUGCAUGGAGCAUUCCCCCAGCCACUCCGCGUGCAGAAGCUCCUCGGGUACGGUCCUGCCCGGGGAGGUGUCCGUGCCUGUGGAGCCUCCUGCCGUGAAAAUACGUCCGGGCGCCUCCCGGGGUACUGCUCCCAGGGGUCCCAGUGCCUGGGGAGGGACAUGAGCCCCGGGGUGUCGAGGGUCCCGGUGCCGGCGGGAUGCGCUUUUGAGGUCCCUGCGCCGGGGGAGGAUUUGUGCCCCCAGGCGGUCCCGGUGUCGGGGGUGGCUGCACUCCCCGCUGUCCCGGGGGUUCCGAUGCUGUGUUGGGGGGCCCAGCCCCCCACCGCCGUUCCGAUUAAAGCGGAAAGACUGUG